UUUGUGUCUUACAUCUGACUCCCGCCGCGGCGCCCCAGCGGCCAGCGCUCCGGGGACUCAGCCCUCACUUGACUGGUGUCUGGCAGAGACCGCGGGGACAGGGCGGGCAGAGCGAGGAGCGCUAUAAACUUUGGGGGCGGGGACGUUUUCUCGGAGGUGACAAGUAGCCUCCAGGGACCGGGGGUCGGUCCAAGUCCUCUGCUCGGAUACUCUACGGGUCUGGACCCUGCCACAUGACCAACACCUGAGACCCCAAAAGAGCCAUGGAAUCCACGCUGGCGACAUCCAGUGCUGCCACAGGCCCUGUCACCUUCUCCCACGUCUUUGGUCAGCAGUGCCAGCUCAUGGAAGCAGGCCAAAAUCCUGAGCAUGAUGGAAGACAAUAAGCAGCUCGCGCUCCGCAUCGAUGGGGCGGUCCAGUCGGCCAGCCAGGAGGUGACCAACCUGCGAGCGGAACUCACGGCCACCAACCGGAGACUGGCGGAACUGAGCGGCGGCGGCGGCCCCGGCCCGGGCCCGGCAGCCGCGACCAGCGCCUCGGCGGCGGCAGACUCGGCGGCGGCGAACAUGGAGAACCACCAGCUCGGCGCGCAAGGGCUCCUGCGGGAGGAAGUGUCCCGGCUCCAGGAGGAAGUCCACCUUCUCCGGCAGAUGAAGGAGAUGCUGGCCAAGGACCUGGAGGAGUCGCAGGGUGGCAAGUCCCCCGAGGUCCUCUCGGCCACCGAGCUCCGGGUCCAGCUGGCCCAGAAGGAGCAGGAACUGGCCAGAGCCAAAGAGGCCCUGCAGGCCAUGAAAGCCGACCGCAAGCGCCUGAAGGGCGAGAAGACGGACCUGGUGAGCCAGAUGCAGCAGCUGUACGCCACGCUCGAGAGCCGCGAGGAGCAGCUGCGCGACUUCAUCCGCAACUACGAGCAGCACCGCAAGGAGAGCGAGGACGCGGUCAAGGCCCUGGCCAAGGAGAAGGACCUGCUGGAGCGAGAGAAGUGGGAGCUGCGGCGCCAGGCCAAGGAGGCCACGGACCACGCCGCCGCCCUGCGCUCCCAGCUGGACCUCAAGGACAACCGGAUGAAGGAGCUGGAGGCCGAGCUGGCCAUGGCCAAGCAGUCCUUAGCCACGCUGACCAAGGACGUCCCCAAGCGGCAUUCACUCGCCAUGCCGGGCGAGACGGUGCUCAACGGCAACCAGGAGUGGGUGGUGCAGGCGGACCUCCCGCUGACCGCGGCCAUCCGCCAGAGCCAGCAGACUCUCUACCACUCACACCCGCCCCACCCUGCGGACCGGCAAGCGGUCAGGGUGAGCCCCUGCCACUCGCGGCAGCCUUCCGUCAUCUCGGACGCGUCGGCGGCGGAAGGUGACCGGUCGUCCACGCCCAGCGACAUCAACUCCCCGCGACACCGGACGCACUCCCUCUGCAACGGCGACAGUCCCGGCCCAGUUCAGAAGAACCUGCACAACCCUAUUGUACAGUCACUAGAGGAUCUUGAAGACCAAAAACGGAAAAAGAAGAAAGAGAAGAUGGGAUUCGGCUCCAUCUCGCGCGUCUUCGCCCGAGGGAAGCAGCGGAAGUCCCUCGACCCCGGCCUCUUUGAUGGUACCGCCCCUGAUUAUUACAUAGAGGAGGACGCGGACUGGUGAUGCCCGCCGGGCGCCGGGCUGUCUGUGCGUGUGGACGUGCGGGCGGGGGGUGCGCCGCGGGCGCAGUGCGCAGCGCGGGGCUGCGUGCGGCCGGGCCUCCCGCGCCUCUGUAAUUGAUGUACAUACCGCAAACCGUGUGUGACCCUGUCAACUGUCGUCUCCGGAGCGAGGCCGUCGUGUUUGUUAAUCUGUUUUUGUUGUUUUUUUUUUUUUCCAUGUUGGUUUGUUCUUUCGUUUUAUUUUUUUCCCUUCGGUUCGUGGGUUUCCCUCCCUUUCUCCUCCGCUCCUUUUUAAUGAAACUUGAAAACUUGAAGGAUUGCUAUGUAUUUGUAAAUAACACGACUAUUGUGCACUCCGUGCUUGUACAUGUCGCUGUCCUAACCACCGCUCCGGAGCCCGUCUCCCCGAGGGUGUGGUCUGUGUCCUUGUCCCCUCCCCUGACCCCCGUGUCCAUGUGCAGGACCAGACCCUGUCCUCGGGGUGCGCCCAAGUCACUUUAGCCACAGAAUGCCAUCGUCGUCAGGGUAAGGUCGCUCUCCGUCAAGGCUCACCAGCCCGCCGGCCAGGGCGCCUUGGCCAGGGGCUCGGGGGGGUCCAGCGGGCCCUUUUUAAUGGCCUGCCUGUUUUUAAAUUGCGUUGCGUUUCUUUCUUUAUGGAAAAAAAAGAAAAAGAAGAGGAAAUGGUUUCGUUUAAUUUAUUUGCACAAAUGCAGAAGACAGAAUAUUCUAUCUAAAUUAUUACGUAAAUGUUGGGGUGUAUAUUUUUCCACGGGGCGGGGCGGGCGGGGGUCUCUGUGACUUGUCUGUUCUCUGUUCAUGCUGCUGCCAAGCCGCCAGCCGGUCCAGGUAGGGUGUAGGUGGCUGGACCCAGGACCACCCGGUUCCAGCUUGCUAUUCCUCCUCUGUCUCCCCCCUCUCCUGGCUGCAUGCAGGGCCUGGGCCGCCUCCCACCUCCUCCUCAGCCUCCCCUCUGUGUGUAUCUGAGUACAGAACCCGGCCUCCGUGAGCUGUCACCAUCCCCUUCUCUUGGGCCUGUCUUUUGAGAGAGGGUGAAGCCACAGACAGACAGCCCGGGGCUCGUCCCCAGGGUCAACCAAAGGGACCCUGGGCCUGCGUGGGUUCCCCGCGGGGCCCCUGCAGCACCUGCUCCUCCCAGGCUGUCUCUCACCCUGACUUUAUAGACCAGGCAGGUGGAGGGCGGAGGGGACCCUUGUCCUCAGGGAGGGCUAUCGGGGACAUGGUGUCCAGCCCUGAGCCCUCUGCCCUGCCCUUUCCUGUUGGUCCCUGCAGCCACACUUAGGAUCUCUGGGGAUUCCUAAGACUCAGUCUCCGGCUGGCCUGACCCCCCCUCCCAGGAGUGGAGGGCUGGCAGGAGCACCCACCUGUCUGGGGACUAGCACUGGCCACAGCGAGGUGUCACCAGCCAAGGGGACCCCGCUGUGGGUUCCAACAGGGGGGGCGGGGAAGAUGGGCGCUUGCAGCCAGGCCCACCCCGCGCUGGAAGUCCACCUCUCCUCUCCCUUGCCCUGGCCCCUGGCCCUCCACCUUCAUGACUAACAGCUCGGUCACUGUGCAGACCACGUCGUGGCGCUUCUGCUAACAGUCACGUCUCAGCUCUUAGAAAGCAGCAGGGAGGGUCUCAAAUGCUGGAGCAUCUGGAAUGGACGGGGCAUUUUGUCCAGAGUCUCUAAAACCAACCAACAAGCCCCCAGUCAGCUUCCCCUUGCCCUCCGACCCCGGCCAGGCGUGGGGAGAGGUGGGCACCGUGCCUCUAAGCUCUGGCUGCCCUCGUGGGCUAAGCUGUUGACCAAGCCCAGUGGGCGGGAGAGCGGCUGGAGCCGGCAUCAUAGAGAUUUUAGAGAAUAUUUCCCCAUGAUUAUUUUUUGUUAUUGUUGAUUUUUACGGCUUUUCCCCUUUACUUACGAGAACAUCAGAUUGCGAACUCCUGGUAAUGAUUUAGUAGUUCCUUUUCAUUUCAGUUUUUUGUAAAUUAGGAGAUAAUUCUAAGAGUUACUAAGGAUGAUUUAUUCAAGAGAACUACGUCAAAUAGCAAAUGAGUUAUGGGCUCCAUUAGAUGAAAACCAGCUUUCCCGUGGGAAAGGUUCUCCAAGGCAUGGAUGCAAGUAUAAAAUAUUAAAAAAAAAAACUAAAUAAAGCUUAUUUUAAAAUAUGA